AUGCGGGCACCCAUGUUUCACUCUGUGUUUGAUUUCCCAGAGAAAUACCUGGAAAGGGCCAAAGACAUGAAGAAUCGGCUGGCUUUCCUGCGGAGGAGGAAUGAGUCCCCAGGAAGCAACGCAGCCGGCAAGUUAGACAAAUCCAUGAAGUCAGUCAAGCCCACCCCCGAGGAAGCACUGAAAUGGGGGGACUCACUUGACAAACUGCUGGGACACAAAUAUGGUCUGGCAGCCUUCAGAGCUUUCCUGCGCACAGAGUUUAGCGAGGAGAAUCUGGAAUUCUGGCUAGCAUGCGAGGAAUACAAAAAGAUCAAGUCACAGUCCAAGAUGGCCUCAAAAGCCAAGAAAAUCUUUGCCGAAUACAUCGCCAUCCAGUCUUGUAAAGAGGUGAACCUGGACUCGUACACUAGAGAUCACACUAAGGACAACCUACAGAAUGUGACCCGCUCCUGCUUCGACCUAGCGCAGAGGCGGAUAUACGGGCUGAUGGAGAAGGACUCAUACCCUCGCUUCCUGCGCUCAGAACUCUACUUGGACUUAAUCAACCAAAAAAAGUCCAGUGCCACUUCCACGUCAUCUUCAUCAUAA